AAUGAGAGAAGCUAUUUUGGAGCUAAAGGCCUGGCUGGAAGAGAAUCCUAAAGUAGUGGCCCAUUUCCCAGUAGAAGUGCGCUUUGCCCGGUCUGAUGACAUAUUACUGAGUCCUUGCUAUCAGAAAGACAGCUGCUACAUGAACAUCAUCAUGUACAGACCAUAUGGCAAAGAUGUACCACGAGAACGAUACUGGCUUGCUUAUGAAGACAUCAUGAGAAAAUAUGAGGGCAGACCACACUGGGCAAAGGCUCAUGCAUGCACCAACAGAGAUUUUCAAAAGAUGUACCCCAGCUUUCAGAAGUUCUGCUCCAUCAGAGAGGAAUUGGAUCCAACUGGCAUGUUCUUGAAUACUUACCUGGAGAAAGUUUUCUACUAAGACUCAACAAUAUGAAAUUAGAUACUCUCAUCCCUGCAGUAAAAGAGUAUAACCCUGAUCAAACGCAUAUCAUGAACAUCUAAUGUAUAGACAGAAUCCUCAGGCUGGUCAAUACCUGAAAGUGUUACGUCUAAUUAUUCUGAUAUUUGUAUGAAUGUAAUCGUACUCAUUGGUGUUGUUUUAAUGCCACUGCUUUGAAAUUAUCUGCAAGAUAUCAAUAAUGUACUGAUCACCAAAAUAAACAAUUAACCCAUAAUAAGCCAACUGUGUAAUGGUGACUGAAAACAGUUUGCAUCAAUAGAUUUAGCAUUGCUUUAAAAUAAUUUAGUAUUUUCAGAUUUGUAAACUGCAGUUUCAUUUAUUAUGUCUCAUGAUCAUAAACAUGCCCAACAUUGUGUUCUUCUUUGCACUGUAAUUUUAAAUAUCAGCAGGUAGGUACAUGAUCCCCUGUCUAGUAAAACACUGCAUCAGGCAUCAAUGAAGCCACUAUGAGUUUAGGAAUGAAAAUCGGUGUUAUACAGAUAUAUUCAUAGUGCCUUUCUUGAUGUAGACCUAAACUAAAAAAACUUCUUUACAUUUAAGUAAGGAGCAAUCAGUUUACUAAUUAUCUCCUUAAAACUGGCAGGCUAUUAUUUCAUAGGUUUUUCCUUAUAAUGUCAUUAUUCUUACUUCCUGCAUUGUUGUACUUCUGUUUUCUGUAUGUUCUAGUUCAUCUAUUCAGAGAGGUGCACUCUCUGUAUUUUUUUUUUUACCAGACU